UCAUUGUUAGCAAUGGGUUAAAUAUGUCAUUACGAAAAAAACAUCUCUGCUUAGUGCAUUUUCUCUCUUUUUUUAAACACAUUUGUCUUCGUGUGCAAAUAUUAAAUAAUUUACAAAAAAUUAAUAAAAAUAAAGGUUUCAAAUAAAGCCCUUAGUUGUAAAAUCGAAACGGAAUCGAAAGUCACAAAAUCGACAAACAAUGAAUACUGGAGAAAUUAUAACAACAGAAAUUAACACAGAAAUUAAAGUGGAAGUCCAAUUGGAAACUGCUUCUAUUGUUAAAGUGGAAACAAAGGCUGUAGGAGGCAUUGAAAAUACCGAAGUUUCCACACAAAAAGCCAUCGGUAUGAUGUCAAAUAAAGUGGAGGUGGAAAAGGAGAAAACUCGUGAUGAAAUAAAAGCUGAACGUGAAGCUAAGAAAUUAGCGAAACAAGCUAAAAAACAAAAGGCAGGUGGUGUCGUUGCAACUGAUGUAGCUGAAUCGAUCAAUAACUCUCCUCCAGCAAAUACAAAUUGCAAGGCCGAGAAUGUUAGUAAUACUGCUGGUAAACCGGAGGAUGGCAGUGAAAAAUCCCGCGAACAAAUUAAAGCAGAACGUGAGGCUAAAAAAUUAGCUAAACAGGCAGCCAAAUCUGCAAAAGCUGCUGGCGGCAAUAUAGCUGUGGCCGCGGUAACCGAACAAUUGAAACAAGUGAAAAUCAAUGAAAGAAAUGGAAAAAGUGCUGGUGAUGCUGUGAAUAGUGUGGAAGGGGAUAAGAAAAAAACUGCCCUAACAAAGGCCGAAAGAAGAGCAAUACAAGAAGCUCAAAGAGCUGCAAAGGCUCAAGCUCAAAGUGCAGCAGCAACUAAAGGUAAAUCAGCUGCUGUUAAAACUACACCAACAACGACAGCAGCAACAGUCAACAAAACACCCAUUAAAGCAUCAUCACCUUCACCCUCAUCAGAGACAAGGUCUGCUAAAAGAGCCACAAGUAGUUCACCAGUUAAAACUGUACGCUUUAAUGAUGGCAAUGUUAAACUCUUUAGUCACUUGGAAAAGCCCAAUACAAAUGUCAAUUUAUUUGUUAAUAAUACACACAUUCACCCCAGUAUAGCACGGUUAGGAGAACAAUAUGCCAAGCGUACUAUAGUCGGUUCCAAUGCCAGAUGUUUGGCAUUUUUAGGUGCCAUUAAAAUGGUCAUAGAAGAUUAUGAGACACCAGCUAAAAAAGAGUUUAGUCGUAGUUUAGAAUCCUUUAUAGCCAACUGUGUUGAGUACUUACAAAAAUGUCGAACAUUGGCUGUUUCCGUUAUUAAUGCCCAUAAAAGUCUUAAGCAAGUUUUAAUGCAGUUACCUAAAGAUGAACCAGAAUCAGAGUUAAAAGAAAGACUUUUCAUAUUUAUUGACACUUAUAUUGAAAAUCAAAUUUUCAAAGCAGCCCAGGCUAUUAAUUCCAUGAUGCAAACGAAAAUCAAUAAUGGUGAUGUUAUAUUAACUUUUGGAUGUUCUUCUCUAAUCAACUUCAUCUGCGAGGAAGCCCAAGCACGUAAAGUCGAUUUUCGCGUCAUUGUGGUUGACUCACGUCCCUUCUGUGAAGGCCAAGAGCUGCUUAGACGCCUCACUGCCAAUGAAAUUUCCUGUUCUUAUGUUUUAAUCAAUGCUGUUAGUUUUGUUAUGCCCGAAGUAACAAAAGUUCUGUUGGGUGCUCAUGCUCUGUUGGCCAAUGGUUAUGUUAUGGCACGUGCCGGUACAGCUCAAGUGGCUUUAGUGGCGCGCUCGUUUAAUGUUCCCGUUCUUGUGUGUUGUGAGACGCACAAGUUCAGUGAACGUUUUCAAACGGAUGCCAUUGUUUACAAUGAACUCGGCAAUCCCGAUGAUAUUGUCGUAGACGAUAAGUGUUGUCUUUCGAAUUGGCAGGCCAAACAUAAAAUGUCUCCAUUAAAUUUAAAUUACGACAUAACACCACCCGAACUAGUGACUGCCGUAGUUACUGAGGUUUCCGUCUUACCAUGCACCAGUGUUCCUGUUAUAUUGCGUAUGAAACCCGAUUGGCUGGUGUAGUAAGAAGAAUAAUAUAAUAAGGACUUUAACAAAAUAUUUAAUAUUUUGCAAACAUCUUUUUCUAUUUUAUUUCUUAAAGAUUAUAUUGUUAAAUAGUAAACAUACAAAUAUUAAUAAAUAUGUAACAUUGUCCUUUUCAAAUUA